CCUUGGAUCAAGACUGCAAACUAUCGUCUGGAAGUAACUUAAUAAACUAUCAACCCAUUAGAAUAUGACAAUGAGAUUCUUGUCUUAGAAAUGCACUUGUUCAGCUGAAGGUGAUUUGGCUGUCUAGAUGUAGGGCUUAAUGCAUGGGACAACAGCUGAAAGUGGUGCAGCAUCAUGGCACUUUGAUGUCGUGGUCUAUUGGUCGCUACCAACUACUGGUGUUUGGUCUACUCUGGGUGAUAGUCAGAUUGGCCAACUGUGACAUCAAGUUGUCCAGCAGUGAGAUUGGUGACAAGCUGGAUCUACUUGAGCCGUAUCUGUCACAUCAUGGCCCAGUUAACAGAAGACACAGAGACACCAGAGAAUGUCAGUCUGUCAAGUACAAAAACGUGACACACUCCAAGUAUCCUGCACAGAGCCACUCACCACCUCUACUGCCUUUAGUUGAAGCUAAAUAUCUCAUUAAAGAGGUUGGCACAAAUUACUGGGACAAGCACCAGACAGUUAUACACCAGCAGAUAGUCAAUAACCCAAUGACCACUUGGUCAGUUCUAGAGCCAGGGCACCCGGGCUCAUGCCAGAAUGGAACUGGUGCUCGCUAUACUGUACGGCAAACAGCAGAACAGAAACCUUGCCUAGCUGCUGCCAAUGGUGGCUUCUUCAGUACAUCAACUGGACAAUGCCUAGGUAAUAUAGUCAGUGAUGGCCUGCUUAUCCAGGACUCAGGCGGGGUCCAGAACGUCCAUUUUGGUCUGACCAGAGAUGGUUAUAUUUACACUGGGUACCUAUCAGAACUGGAUUUGUUGACCCAAGACUUUGUCCAGCUGGUUGGAGGGGUCAUCUGGCUAGUUCGAGAUGGGGUCAGCUAUGUUGAGGAGAGCAAACAGAUUGAAUGUCCAGACACUGAGGAAACAGGUACUAUGGAGAGAUUUGUGUCUGUCAUCUCUGCCAGAACAGCAGUAGGACAUGAUAAGCAAGGGAGGAUACACAUGGUGCAGGUCAAUGGGAAAACUGAUCAGUACGGCAUCAACUUGCCAGAUUUAGCCAAGCUUCUGAUAGACUUUGGUCUUGUUAAUGCUAUCAACCUUGAUGGUGGUGGGUCAGCUACUACGGUCAUCAAUGGAACACUGGUCAACUCUCCCUCAGACCAAUGCGCCAACUCUAGCUACAACUGUGAGAGGGCCGUGUCUUCCAUUAUCUGCGUUCAUGAACCUGCCUGCCUUGUGGCUGACUGCUCUAGCCAUGGUGUGUGUCAAAUGGGGGUUUGUCAGUGUCAAGGUCAUUGGGCUGGCCCAGACUGUAGCUCAUUAUCCUGUGAAAAUGGUUGUAGUUCACAUGGAACAUGCUCAGAAGGUGGUUGUCAGUGUGAGGCAGGGUGGUCAGGCACUGAUUGCUCCCUGGGCUGCCCAGUUGGGUUUUAUGGUUUCAACUGCUCCCUGCCUUGUACCUGUGAGAAUGGCGCUACCUGCAACCCUGUCACAGGUUCUUGCAGGUGUCCGGCUGGGUACACAGGAAAGUUCUGUCAUCAAGUUUGUCCAUGGGGGUACUUUGGAGAAGACUGUAGCCAUAUUUGUUUCUGUGAGCAUGGCUGUUACUGUGAUCAUGUGACGGGGGAUUGUAACACCACCUUACCUGAGGAAUACAUGCAAGCUGGCAAGUGUGUCGCUGGCCAUCAGAUCCAGAGGCUUCACUUGGUGCCAGAUAAGGAACAGCAAUACAGUCUGUGUAUUGGCAGUGUGAUAUGCCUGAGUGUGAUCACAACCUUCAGCCUGGCAGUCAAUGCACUGCUCACCUACUACACAAUGCGCAUGAGGCUGCAGCACCGAGUGGCCCUGAAGCACAAGGUGAGGCUGGCCAUCAAGCGAACCAUGGCCCAGGUCAAGUCCUACAACCACAACACUGAGAACGAUGAUGAAGAUGAGGAAUUCCUCCCCUCCCACAGAGCCAUGGAGGAGGAAGAAGAAGAGUUGACAGGAUCUGGGGAAGAGGAACAUGAUAGUUUUUUGACCCCAUCUAAAAGGGCAGCAUCCAGGUGAAACACACCUUGUUACAUUUGUUGAAAUGCCAAUAUUUACUUCCCAUCAUUCCAAACGUGUAUGCAAUCAUUACAAUGAUUUAUGCAAUGAUCAUUUUAGGGGCAGAUCAAAUUAUUUUAGAACCAUGAUAUUUCAGUGGCUUCUGUGUUCUGGAGAUAUUGGCUGUGGUUCCUGGUUAACCCUAGAUUGUGUAAAGUAUAGCUGGGUAAAUGGUGGAAAAUAUUGGCAAACACUGGUCCUGCCACCACAAACACUAUCUGGUCCUACCACCACAUCUGGUCCUGUCACCACAAACACUAUCUGGUCCUGUCACCACAAACACUAUCUGGUCCUGUCACCACA